AUGCGGCCAUACCACAGCGGCCCAUCUCCGUUGGGUGAAAGGAGUGUCCCAAUGCAGUACUAUAACCAACAACAACAACAACAACAACAACAACCGCAGCAUCAACAACAACACCAACAUCAUCAUCAUCAUAUACAAUCGCAGCACCAUCAAUUUUAUACUCAUCACGCACAUUUUCAAGGUAUUGUCCCCCCAAAUGGGGCCGCUGUACCACAACAACAACCAACUCAGUACUAUUCAACUCCCAGUGUACUACCGACUACAACCUAUUAUACCCAACCCCAUCACUUGCAACAGCAAAUUCCACAUCAACACCAACAUCAGCAUCACCAUCAUCAUCAUCAUCAUCAACAUCAACACCAUCAACGACAAGCGCCUGGUGUUGGAUUCGGCAAUAUUCCUCGAGCAGGAUGUACACUUUACACUCCUGCCCCUUAUGAUAUGGGAUUUACAGCACCACAGCAGAUUUAUUACCGCGAAAACUUUCGUGGUGGACGUGGACGUGGAGGGUCUGCGGUUGCUUCUGGUGGCAGUGGUGGUACUGGGGCUUCUACUACCGGCGGUGGAUCUCGUGGUGGACAUAGUGGCAGUUUAGAGCCGCGAGAGUCGUAUUUUGCGGUACAUUUGAAGAGUUUUGGAGAGUUGGAAGAGGCAGGGCGGCGUGGUUCCCUGCGUGAGUCUCUGCAGCCAACGGUACUUGGCCGCAUGAACCGACGGGCCUCAAGUGGAACACUAAAGAUUCUCGUGUUAACAGAGCGUAAGUAUCUUGCAGCAUGCAUGUCUGUUCCACGCUCAGAAGAUGAUGUUGUUUUGUCAAAGGAAGUCGCUUCGGAAUUUUUGGAUGUGCAACACGUACACUGUGAUGAUGGGCUCCGUUUGGUAGAUGUUGAAGAUGGUACGCAUGUGGCAAAGCACGUGUACGCAACCCUACGUACUGCCUUGGCUCAAUUGGCAUUAUAUGAUAAACCACAGGCGAAGGCUGAGAUGGAAGUUGAUAUCCAUACCCCCGCUUCAACACUUCUACUGAAAGAUAUUUUACAGAGUCGCGCUGUAUUUUCCGCACUUUCUUCCGCAUUAACAAGUACUGAUGACGGUACGGCAACAGAAUUAUGGAAACGUAUGCUCCUUGAACCUACUACACCCGCUAUCACAGGUGAUGGUACUGAAAAUAACCAACCAACACAACAACAACAAGAAGAAGAAGAAGAACAAAAACAACAACAGCAACAAAAACAACAACAACAAAAAGUGGCAGGAAAGUCUAAUGCCACGAUGUUUCUCCCUUCAUGCGGUGUUGCUUUACUCGCUACGGCGCAGGGAACACGACUGUUUAGACUCGCACUGUUACAUCAGCAGCGGCGGAAAGAACUCUUUAAUAUCUUGUAUGACCCUGAGACACACUCAAUGGAUCCUGCAGCAGAGCCACUCUUCAUGGCCCUCUUUUCUUGCUCACUGGCGUCAAGGUUUGUAUUUGAAUGUUUUGGUCUUGUGGAAGGCACAGCCCGUUGUGAUGAGGAAGUGAAUAUUCUCUGUACGGGUCUUGAACGACUCGCACUGAAGGUGGUUUGCAGUAAUGGUGGUAGUUUCAUGAUGACAGCCCUUGUGAAGGCACUCUGUCCAAGUCGAUUUACGGGAGGACACAAAACAGGUGGAAAACGUGGACGCGAUGCUGAGACAGAUGCACAACAACAACAACAACAACAGCAACAGGCAGAAAAUGAACAGAAUGAAAAUGAAAAUGAUGGUCAGGGAAUGCACUUGUCUGGAAUGUCUGCCUCAGGGCACAAGAAUGAGGGUCCUUCUGAAUGGCGUUUAUUCUACGCGGUGGCGCGAGCCUUUGUCGCUGGACCUAUUCCCGGUGAUACAGGGGAAGAUGCAGCGACACUUAGUCGCCGUGUUAAACUGCUUACACAGCAUGUUGUGGCCUGUCGUGCAAUUCAAAGUCUUAUUCCUUUUUUUGCAGAUGCCAUUGUUCAAGUGGGAAAUGCCACAAAACAACAAUCAGAGAAUGCCACAUCACCGGAGGCGACUCAGUUUGGUGAUGAUUGUGUAAAGAUUAUUGGUGAAGUAGCAAAUCAGAGUGGACUCUUGGCCAAUCAUAGUUAUGGAAAUUAUGUUUUACAGACUGUUAUAACAGAGUUAGCGCAGCGUGCUAAUUCUGGAAGUCCUAUUUGCGAAAUGCUACAAAAAGUACUGGAUGCCUUAUGUAGCACUAUCUUUGAAGUCAGUGUACAGAAGUUUGCUUCCAAUUGUGUUGAAACUGCUAUUGCAGAAUGUAAUAUUCUUCCAGAUGGAGCCGCCAUUAUUUUGCGUUUUGCUAGGGCUCUUCUGGCGGAUGGUCCAAAUCGAAUGAUGCAAGUGGCUCUCCAGCAGUAUGGUAAUUAUGUUGUGCGCAAACUGCUGGAUCGACUUACACUCAUUGCAAAAGGUACAGGCAUCCGAGAGGGGGGCUCACCGGGAGUUACAGAGACGGAAAUGGCAGAAGCAAAGGAACUUGAGCAGCAGUUCUUCCAGACUCUUACUUCACAGUUUAAUCAAUUGCGACAAACCUCUCAUGGUGCUGGGCUGCUCGCAUGGGUACAGAAUGAACGGGAUAGAAUACGUCCAACACCAGUAGCAUCAGCCACAGCGGGAGGAGGUGGAGAUGCUGGUGGUGUUGAAGAGAGUGAAAAACAAUAG